GAGAUGUGGCUGAAACAUUUUCAAUAACACAAAAUUUGCCGUGUUCGUUGACCAGUCGAACAGCCCAAGUACACAAAGACGACAACCAGGCCGACGAGACGAAACCGGAAACCAGCAGAAAUUGGCAGCCAGCCGCAAUAGCAAUAAGCGCCACCAGCUACAAUUAACGGAUGCAUUGCGACACAACGAAGUAAUGCUGCAGCUGUUGCACUGACUGUGAGAGAGAGAGAGAGAGAGAGAGUGAGAGAGAAAAUCAACUGGCAGAGCAAGAAGAACUCAAGAAUCGGGAGAUCUGGAAGAUGCUGUUCAUGGACGCACUGUUCAACAGCUUGCUGGUGGUCAGCUCCGGCUAUGCGAUGUACACGCUGCAUCCGUGGCAAACACCCUACGGCUAUGCGGCGGCCGCAUUGAGUCUGGUGCAUGGACUGCUGGGUGUGGUGCGGGCGGCAAACAACGAUGAUGAUGAAUGCAAUCGCGCACGGCAGAUAACGUCCGGUGUUAUGGAGCUGGUGCCGUUGCCAUUGGCCAACAUCGAGCUGUAUCUGAAAUCGUCCAGUCCGCAUCUGGCAAUGGCGCAUGGCUGCUUUGUGAUACCGUUGGCCUUCGAUCUGGUUGCCAAGUGGCGCGACAGCGAGGACAAUUCAACGGCGACGCUCAAGGAUCUGACGCUGCUCGGCAAUGUGGUAUCGCUGCUCUUUCUGGGCGUCAAUCAGUCGAGCAAUGUUUGCGGUAGCAUGGCGGCAAUUGCAAUGGCUGCACGCUACGGCUCCGUCAUGCUCGAAUAUUACUGGGAGGGUCUAGGCAUUCACUUCAAUCUGCUGGCCAAUUCGGCGUUCAUCGUACUAAUGGCCAUGACCCUGACGACAAAGUCCUAACCAGCCAUCAAUGCCACAUCCACAAUAUCCACAAUAUCACAAACACUGUUUGACAUCUGAGCGGAUUUCGGCGACAUCUUCUGCUUCAUCGUCAUCAUCAUCAUCAGUGUGGUUUUUUUUAUUCGGUGGCUCAAGGCUAACUGCGGGCGGUUCAUUGGCUCAACAAUGGCUCAAGCGUCGGCUCAAUAAACAUGCAAUUAAUGUUGGCAAAUUA